AGGCGCUCAUUAAUAAGAAUUUAAAGGAUGUGAAGAGAGGACAGCGAGCGAGGCAGACAGCGUUUUUCAGGACUGCCGGGAGGAGAGGGCAACGGGGGGAAAAGCAAAGAGAUGGACGGGAGAGGAAACAAAAAAGGAUGUGAGAGAGUUGGACAGUUAAGAAGCAUCACCAGCAACCAGGUGUGUUGCCUGUUGGAGCUGUAGAAAAAGAAGAGGAUAAAGACUCUUCUGCCUCUCUGCCUUCUUCUUCAUUUGACCGCGAAAUGAAGAGUGUGUGAGAGCACUCCAGCUGAGCCCGAAACAUCACACGCCAGAUGAAUACAUUCUAGUUUUGCAGAGAGGAGUCGGCGCUGCCAGCACAACAUCGUCUUGUUACUUUCAGCCACUGCCAGUGGCUGAGUUUGAGAUUUAUAGGCUGGACCAAAGGAGGCAUUUGAGGCAGGUGUCAGGUAGUGUGAUGGUUUUUUUGUGAAGAUUCACCUGCAGAGAGUAUCUGAGGACAUUUGAGUGCCUGGAGUUGGAGCAUGUGUUGAAAUCCGGAGAAAAAAAAAACAUCAGAACAAUAAAAGGAGGGGAAGGAGAUUUGAAAGAGAGCAGUGUUUUAUUUUUUCAAACAACACCUUCGCUUUUACUUGGAAAUGUAAGAAGUCAGGAUGUGGAUUAAGGGGAUGAGUCCAGAGAAGGAAGCCAGGGAGGAAUGAGGUUGUCAGGGAUAAAAGGGCAAGAAUGGGUCGCCCCUGCCCCGCGGCGAGUCCAGCUGAUGCUUCUUCUGCCGUCUCCGAUUGACCAUGCAGGUCCUGCAGAUCGUCAAGGAGCUGGUGUCCCCGUCCAGACGCAGGGCAGCGACUCGGUUUGGAGCGUCUGAUACCGAUCAGGAUGCGGCGUUGAAACUCGUCCAGGAGCGAGCUGAGAUAGUCGCCAAAUAUGACAAGGGUAAAGAGGCGACCGUGGAGCCCUGGGAGGACACCAACUACCACCUGUACAAAGUCAUCGACCGCUUCGGCUUCGUCCAGUAAGAACUCUCACUU